AGGCGGGAUGAGCAGCACUGAAAUCCCGCCGGAGGCGAGAAGAAGGACCAGCGCUGCUGAGACUUCCAGGCGCUCCGAGACGCGCCGGACCUUUCUCCCGCACGCCACGCAGAACAAAGACGCGGAGGAUAUCCGUGAACGUCAAUAGCAUCUCUAAUGACUGCGCGUUUCGAGGCAGCAUUAUCAGGAAUCAAGUCAGAGAAGUCACCUCAGAACUUAUUUAAAGGAGGGGCUGGUCCAAUCCUCUCAGCUGUAAUUCAAGUUAUCUCUCAGUUCGACCUGCGCGCGGUCGGAUCCUCUGAGGAAGCUCCGUCUCACUUUGGAAUCUUUACGAUUCUCAUCAGGCAUCGACCGCCGACCGACAGGGGAGGAAGACUCCAAUGGAACACCAUGCAGCACUUUGAACCCAUGGAGACAUGGCACAUCUGCUCCUCACAUCUGCAAACAGAGUCAGCGCCAGAUUCGCCUUCAUAUUCACCUUGUCUCUGUCCUGCACCUACUUAUGCUAUAAUAUCCUUUUUUAUGGCGGCACGGUCAUGACGAAUCGGGGUUACGAGGGGAAACGUUGUCCGUCGAGCAAAAAUGCUGGAGGGAAGAAACUUCUUGGAAAAUUGGGCCACUGCGCCUCGCAGGAUGUCGGGUCUGCAGCGCAGCGAGGAUCCGGUGAUCUCCGGGACCAAAGUAAACCCCCAGACUCACCUGGCACGCACUGGACGGACGGGAACCUGAAAAACAUGACUGUUGCGCAGAAAUACGGGAACAAGAAGCUGCCAAAUGCGUUAAUAGUCGGUGUGAAGAAGGGAGGAACCAGAGCGGUGCUGGAGUUCAUCCGGAUACAUCCAGAUGUGCGCGCGCUCGGGACAGAGCCGCACUUUUUUGACAGGAACUAUGACAGAGGGCUGGAUUGGUACAGGGGACUGAUGCCACGAACGCUAGACAGCCAGAUCACAUUGGAGAAGACUCCCAGCUACUUUGUGACGAGAGAGGCUCCCCGCCGCAUCUCCAGAAUGUCUCACGAAACCAAGCUGAUUGUUGUGGUGAGAAACCCCGUCACCAGAGCCAUCUCCGACUACACGCAGACUCUUUCCAAGAAGCCUGGCAUCCCAACAUUUGAAGAGCUUGUCUUUAAGAACAGAAGUUUAGGUGUUGUGGACACUUCUUGGAAUGCCAUUCGGAUUGGGAUGUACAUUGUGCACCUGGAGAACUGGCUGCAGUACUUCCGCCUGUCACAGAUGCACUUUGUGAGUGGCGAGCGGUUGAUAACAGACCCAGCAGGGGAAAUGGGCCGUGUCCAGGACUUUCUAGGUCUUAAGCGAAUAAUCACAGACAAGCACUUCUACUUCAAUCGAACCAAAGGUUUCCCCUGUUUGAAGAAACCGGAGAGCAGCAGCCAGCCACGGUGCCUCGGCAAAUCCAAAGGCAGGACUCACGUGCAGAUCGAACAGGACGUCAUCGAGCAGCUGCAAGAGUUUUAUAGACCGUUUAACGUUAGAUUCUAUGAAACUGUGGGGCAAGAUUUCAAAUGGGAAUGAAUCUUUAAAGAGACUGUGUUCUUAAAUGACCUACCUCUUAGAAAAGUUCAGUUAGAAUCUAUUUCACAAACUGUUUUUGUAAGUUGUAUAUAAAAUUCAGAUGGAUAUGAAAUAACCUACUUAUUUAAAACAUAGCUGUAUAGAUACUGCACAUGUGAGUCAUUCUGGAGACAAGUACAAAAAUGAAAUGAAGAAUUUGUUUUAAUCCAUUCUUCAAGCUUUACAAAGCAAUGAUGACGUUGCUUUAAAUAUUUAUUAUUCAGAGUUAUUAUUUUUACUUUAUUAUCACUUCCUGUGAAAAUGAUCUGCUGUCUUUACUUUUAAAAGGAACACUCAAAAGGUCAGAUGAAUAAACUCAGUCUGUCGUUUAUCAUAUAAUAAAAUUGGUCUUAUUAUUGCAGGUGGUAUCAGGGGUGAACGAAACACAUAUACUGAGAGUGAAGGACAGCUUUAUUACGAAUAAUGAUUUUACUUAAUAGGUUUCACCUCCUGUUGGAGUUUGAAUGUUUGUGUGUUUGUUUUUUUGUUGUUUUCAUCAAAUAAAAUCUGGAGUCUCCAAUGAAACCAGUUAGAGACGAUCUGAGCUUUGUGACAUGAUGCAUCAUCCAGCUGGAAGUGGCCAUCAGAAGAUGGGUCCGUGUGGUCAUAAAGGGAUGGAUGGUCAGCAGCAAUACGCAGGUAAGCUGUGGUGUUUAAACCAGCCUCAGGUGGUACUCAUGGAUACAAAGUGAGAAAAUAGCAUCACCACCACCAUCACGCCAGCAGCCUGAAGCAUUGACACAAGGCAGGAUCUAGAUUCUGACCCGACCAUCUGAAUUUUGCAGCUGAAAUCCAGACUCAUCAGAUCAGUCUCUUCUGGUCCAGUUCUGGUGAUCCUGUGUGAAUCUUAGGCCUAGUCCACACGUAGCCGGGUUUUUUUUUAAAAACUAAUAUCCGCCCCUCCAAAAACUUGCAUCCACACCACCUCAUUUUAAAAAAAACUCUGUCCACACGUACCCGGAUAAAUACGUUGUUAAGGACAUGCCAGACCUGUAGGCGGCAGUACUUCCCCCGUUCUUAACCUCAUCCUUCAUCUGUGGUCUUCCGCAAGCAGCAGUAAUUCCACUUGCAAAAACAAACAAGCAAAAAGCGCUUGGACGAUUGAUAAAGCGAGCGCAGCUCUGAGGGAAUCCAUGCUGUUGGCUAGUGUAAACACAGGUCGCACACGUGAUGUCAGCAUUUUUUGUCGCGGAAAGUGACGUUGCGAACCUUAAAACUCCGGUUUUGUCCGUCCACACGCAGACACCCAAAACGGAGAAAACGCAGAUCUUCACAUUGGCCGGAGUUUUUAAAAAGAUCCGUUUUCAUGUGGAUGACAGGCCAAAACGUAGAAAAAUAUCUACGUUUUGGCAGAUCCCCGGCUACGUGUGGACAGGGCCUUAGCCUCAGGUUCCUGAUCUAAGCAGACAGGAGAUACGCUUCUGCUGCUGGAGUCCAUCUGCUUCAUGAAUCCAGAGAUUCUGCAGACCUGUUGGAAUUAAUUUAAUAUAAAUUAAAAGUCUGAACUGAUUAUUUUCUGUCUAGUUGCUGCUUUCAGCAGUGAUCUGUAAGAACAGUUUGUUGUUCCUCUAAGGUCCGGUAGCCAAAUCAGUAGAAUUGGACAUCCUGGGAAUGGGAGCAGGUGAAUGUAUUCCUGCAACAAAAGCAUAAAACCAUUUUUCACUCUGCUGCUGUAGAAGCAGCCUUUAGCAACACCUCUAGUUCUGAUCAUUCCUUUUAUUUUGUUCAAAUUUCGUACUUUUCUCUGAAAAGAUUGACUCUUGUAACGUUUGUCAGGUUUAUAAUGAUUCAAAGGUUUGGAUAAAAUGCUGCUAUCGAUCACAUCACAGUGCAGCCCAUUAUUUAAUUCAGUUCAGUUCAAUAUAUCUAACACUAUAUCACUCUAAAGGGAUGGUAUUGAAAAGACAAGGUAAGUGAGCAGAAUAGUUAACACUGCGCCUGUUGAGAGAUAAUAUAUUCCUAUCCAAAUGCUUCUAUGCAUGUCAUUGAUCUCAUUAUCUUUCACGAUCCUUUUCUUUUGAUUGAUUUGAUGGUGUCUCUGCACUGAAUAGCUCUCCGUGUUGAGCAGUUGCAUUAACCCCCUGAGUUUUCACCCCAAAGCCAUUAGAAGUUGUCAUUAAUGAUUUCCACCGAUGCCUCUGAAAGUCUGGAAGAGAUGGAAAAUUUCUGGGAAAGGAUGAAAAAAUAGGAUUCACACUUUGCAAGAAGUAAUAAUGAAACAAUAUUAAAGCUAUUUCCAUGCAAAUCUGCACAGUAAAAGUGUUAUGUGAAACAUUACAGCAAAAUGGCUGCACAAAGCAUGAGCAGAUCUUUUCUGUGCUGCAUCUAUAGUUUUACUGUCGAGUUACUAGUGUGAUAAUGUGGAAUGUUGAUGUUUCUCAUGUGUCAGUACCUUGAUCUGAGGGAUAAUACCUUAUGAUGCUUGGAUUCGCUUUAGAAAUUACAUUUUGUUUUACAGAAAACAGCUGAACUGUUUGCCAAUGAACAUAAAACAAUAAAAAUCGAAAUUGUUACAACAUUAAACUAUGAAACAACUUAAUGGUUAAGGGUCAAAUGAAUGCAGCUUCACUCUGAAUUAUUGUAGAGCUGCUCAGGAAGAUUUUCAAUUACCAUUGUUCUUUAUGUGUCUAUAGCUGACUUGAUUAAAAAGAGAAAAUCACUUGGAUUUGAAUGACUUAAACUGAUAUUUUAAUGACUAAUUGAGCCUCAGUUGUGACUUCCUUCAUCCACGUUUCACUUUCAUUGUUGAAUUCUCUCCUGGGAGGCUGUGAAUUCAGCCGCCUCAUCCAGUCACAGUUAGACUAAUGUGCAAAUGUGACAGUAUGACCUUCCAUAUUAACUAAAUUAGAUGUUCACUUGCGUUCCAACUGUGCUCAGCAGGCACAUGUCCGUUGGCCAGCACCACUAUUUAAACUGUCAUUUAUGAUAUUCCCUAUUAAUAUUUGAUUAACCUGCCAGUGCUGUCUGCAGCCGACUGCUACUUGGCAAGCCAUCAGCAGACACGCCAGUUUAGCGAUAAGCUCAACUUUAUCUCAGCUCACUUAAUUAUAACUUCUCUGCAAGAACGCUUCGGGGGGAUGACACGGCACGAGGAAGCUCUCCCCACAUGCACCACAUGACAUCUAAUGUAAACUUUGAUGUUCAAUUAUCCCUGCAUAGGGCUUCUUUCUGUGUGUUUUCUGUUGGGAAACAGCAUAAACUUUACUGUGGUUUUCUGUACCCUAGAGAAUGCCACGCAUGGCUUCAGCAGCGCUCGUUUACAUUUUAUAUUUUCUAAGAGGAGAAAUGCACGCAUGGUCACCUGUGCAUGUGUUAUAAUAACUUCUCAUUAUGAAGAAAACAAAGGUUCAGCGGAUAAGCAAAAGCUGUCUGACUGACCAUUCUAACCUUCAACGUAAAUACCAGAGAAGCUGCUGUAAAUGUCAUGAACUUUAAAAGAGUCUGUGGUUAAACACGCCUUUGCCACUCAUCAGGAUCGUCUAACAGUUCCCUCUAAAAGCCACUAAACAAGGGAACAUUUAUGUUCCACUAAGAAAAACAAGGACCGUGAGAAGAGUCGUAGCUGCUGAUGAUGAAAAAAUAUUUUGUUUUCAGCUUGUUAUGAAAGGAAUGUCUGAAGAAUUUCCUGCAAUAAAAACAAGGCGACAGAACAAAAAUCUCCAAUUAACACAAUAUUCAAAAGGAAAGUUGCACAUAAUCUAUUAGAACAAGGUAUGAUUAUGUGUAAUGUGGAGCAUGCCUGCUGUCGUCUUCCUGCAUCACUUGACAUUUGCAGAUGUACCAGAUCUCUAACUUGUUUCGUGCAGAGAUGUUUUCUCCAACAUGAGUCCCUCCGUUUGGAGGAAUGAUUUGAAGUAUUUAUACCGAGACAUCUCCUUGUCCCUCUUAAUGAGCCAAAGCCAUGGCAGCUAAUGACGAUGCUCCUUCUCUCCAGUGGACAAUGAGAACAGACGUUCUGUUAGAUGGUUUGAAACCUGGCAGCUCGUAACCCCUCCAGUGGAAAUCUCAUUAAAUACUAAAAUGGCAUGCAAGCUGACCUCCAUCUGCAUCGAUGCACCUUUUGAAUAUGUCAUCAGUACCCUGGCUUUUUUCCUGAAUCUGUUUCUGUGCAUCUUCAGGUACUUCAAGCAGUUUCUCCAAAUUAAAUGAAAAAAAAAAAGAUUCCUCUCAGUGCAGACGCAUUUUUGGUAUUUUCUCCAAAUCUAUUAGCGUCUGCGUUUUUCACGCUUGAUGCAAUACAGAUGGAACAUUUUUUUGGGCCUCACUAAUGA